AUGAAAGCUGAAUUGGCCGCUGGGAGUGCCUGGCCUGUUUGGUGUUGCGGCGCGGGUGCGUGCAAUAAGCCAAGUAAACAUGGGUUCCUGUCGGUACCUGUUGAGGCUAUUUUUCCAUUUGCCUCAGGCCACCUCGGGAUGUCCCCGGCGGAGCGGAACAACACGAAUUCCCAUGACAAGUCGGCCAAACUCGGAGGACAAAUGAUGGCGCGCGAAUUUCCAACGCGAAUGCUUUGCGGGACCAGAAACAGGAACUGGGCCACCAUGACGGAGGCACAAAUAUGGCAACUAUGA